AUGAGGAAUGGUGUUCCUUUCUCAGAUCGUGCGUGCGGAUUUUUGGUCCGGAUUUGCGGGGUUCUCGUGGCGUCCAUGGGCGUCCAGUGCCUGAUUGUUGAGCCUGGAAUUUCAAUUCGGCUGUCUGGUUAUGCGCGGUUGCUGAUCGGUUUAGUUUUUCUGGAGAAGACAGUCUCUUCGGUUGUUGUCGUGCUUAGUCUAGCGUUCCGCUUUGGGAGGGCUUCUGCUAGUGAGGUCCUAGCUCUAGGGAUGCUGGUUGCGUCUGGGUCAUCAGAUCUGUCCAGGAGUGAUGAUGGAGAGAAAGAAGAUAAAACCGAUGGAAGGGUGGCCAACCGUUACCGGUUCCACCCAUCCGAGAACGACCUCUUCUUCCAUUACCUCUCGAAGAAGGUGGAGGGGGAUUCGGAUGCCAUUCCUCCUUUCAUGCCCGUGGUCGACAUAUACGGGGAUGACGAUCCUUGGGAGAUCUUCGAUGCGGACUCACAGGAAAGUUUCUACGUCUUCGCUAGGUUGAAGAUCAUCAAGUCUAGGGUGAAGAGGACCGCCGUUUCCGGGAUUUGGAGCAACGGAAAUAAGCGAACAAUCGUGGACAGUCAAGGCGACACUGUCGGCUACAACGAGCUGUUCACUUUCAAGUCAUUGACCGGAAGGGAGAAGACGAAGAACGGACGUUGGACCAUGCACGAGCACUCUAUGAAGGGUCGAGAGUUAGUCGUGUGUGCAAUCACCAACCUCGAAAUGGCGGAGAAGAGGGGUUCGGAAGUGAUAAUGAUCGGAUUGACCAAAGAACAUCCCCGAGGAAAAAAGGUUAAACAAAUGGAAAAUUCUAUUUCCCCUCGACAUUUAUCCAUCGUUCCGAAGCCCAUACCUCGAAGCCGCCGAUUGUGAAUUUAGCGCUGUGGGAUUACCCCAUCAACGUUAACAACGUAACCCAUCGUCAAAUGUGAAACGUACGUCCAAUGCCUAUGUCUAUGGUUAGUAACACCCCAUCGAACCAAGUCCGGAAUGAGCCAAUGCAUCAAUCCUGAAGCAAGAUCAUUCAUCAUGAUUAUCCCGUGACGCCAUCCGUGAUAACCUUCGAAGGUAGCAUGACGAAGGUCCAUGCACCUCCGUCUUCAUCAUUCCAAGCUGCUGAUGCAAGACAACAAUCAUGACAGCAUCGGUAACAAAAAUUAUCCAAUGACCUAUUCCGAGAAAACUUUCGAUGAAAGCACAACAGAGGUCGAUAUGCCUCCAUCAUCGUGGGCACGAGCUGUUGAUGCUCCAGACGAUAAUCAUAACAAUGUCGAUUUUUAUGGCUUACCUCUGAUGGCGGCGGCAAGGGCAUCAACUCCGGCGCA